AUCCCUAUCAUUUGACUCGGAUUGAGUCCUAAGUGGUUUAGAGACGCUAAUUUGAAUGUCUCUUUAGUGGCUUCCGCCCAAAAGUAAUAAUGAAAAUGCACAACAUGAAUGCAUAUGAUGAAGGCCCUAUAGUUUAAGCCCCUUGACCAGUUCAACAUACAAUGCGAAAGUCAAAAUACCUGAAAUACAAAGGUGAAAGAAUAACAAGAAAGAACCUGUAAUUAACAAAAGAUACUUGAGCCAUAUUUAUAGUUCAAUGUCAAAACAUCUUCAGGCCAGAAUAUAUCAGUAAUAUAACAUUUAAGCAUAGUUCUUUAAGAGGGGAAGUGGAUAUUACAUUUGUUGUGAAAUGGAUAUGUUCUUAUAUUUUUGGAAAGAGGAUAUCUGUAGUCACGAUAGUUGGCACAGGGGAACACUCCUUAUAUCUCAAUGUAAAUGACAUUCACAGUGCUUCUUACAUAGUUACUCCAGUUGUAAGCUUUCAACAACCAGUAACUCACAAAUACCUCCAGCCCCUAUAAAUAUCCUUGCUUCUGGAAACUCAAGUUAGUGUCUCUCAGUAUCUCCUUCCUUCUCUCUCUCUCUAUCUAUCUAUCUAUUGCUCCCUCUCUCUAUAUAUAGUGCAUAAGUACACGUGAGUGGUUGUAUUUGUGCAUGGAUACAGAACUGCAUGCAGAAAGAGGAUUUAUACACAGUUAAGCUCUCUCUAUAACACUCCAAAACAAGAAAACAAGAGGAAAGAGGCAGAAGCAAAAUAAAGAAGAUGGAAGCAGAACAGACCGAAAAGCACCCGUCAUCACCAGAGGUCAUGGAGGAAUUGAAGAAAAUAAUGGAUAGAGGCUUUCCUAUACUUGCUAUGGGCUUGGCGACUUAUUUGAAAAACAUGAUUUUAGUUGUGUGCAUGGGAAGGCUCGGAAGCUUAGAGCUGGCAGGUGGUGCACUGGCCAUUGGCUUCACCAAUAUUACUGGUUACUCCGUAUUGUCUGGCCUAGCCUUGGGGAUGGAACCACUUUGUAGCCAGGCUUUUGGAUCAAGAAACUUAACCAUAGUGUCUCUUGCCCUCCAAAGGACAAUCUUUAUGUUAUUCACUGCAUCUAUACCUAUUGCCUUCUUAUGGUUUAAUUUUGAGCCUCUCAUGCUAAAGCUACGCCAAGACACACAAAUAAUACACGUAGCAAGUGUAUUUUGCAGAUUUGCUGUCCCAGAUCUUAUUGCUAACAGCCUUCUUCACCCUUUACGCAUCUACUUACGGUGUAAAGGGACAACAUGGCCUCUGUUGUGGUGUACUUCACUUGGAACACUAUUGCAUUUCCCUAUCACAGUUUACCUGACCUUUACUAGAGGUCUUGGGAUCCAAGGAAUUGCAAUUUCAACCUUUGCCUCCAACUUUAUCACCUUAUUCUUCAUUUUAGGCUACAUAUCCUUUACUUGUCUUAAUCAAAAGACGAUAUUCUUUACUUACGACCAAAACAGAUCUCUGUCCAAACCCCUAGCAGAAAAUCUAAAACCUCUUCCUUCCAUUUCUGUGGGAGAGCAAUGGAUAAUGCUUCUUCAACUUGCUAUACCUAGUUGUUUAGCAGUUUGCUUAGAGUGGUGGUGGUAUGAGUUCAUGACAGUUCUAGCCGGAUACCUUGACAGACCUGAAGUUCCACUUGCCGCAUCUUCUAUUGUAAUACAAACCACAUCUCUCAUGUACACAUUGCCUUCAGCCCUAAGUGCUUCAGUCUCAAGCAGGGUAGGAAACGAACUUGGAGCAGGACGGCCAGCUAAGGCCCGCUUGGCAACAGGGAUAGCCAUAGGACUAGCUUUUUUGACUUCAACAUUUGGAUUCUUACUGACCACCUUAGGGCGAGAAGCAUGGGGAAAAGUUUUUACAAAAGAUAGAGAAGUGCUGGAGCUAACAGGGACCGUUCUACCCAUUAUUGGACUUUGUGAACUAGCUAAUUGUCCACAAACUACAUGUU